AUGCAGGUGACUGUGCCUUGGUCCGAAUGCUUCGAGGUGACGGAGAUUACCAAUGCAGGCAGAGGUGUUGUUGCGACUCGCAACAUAGCCGCAGGGACGCUCAUACACGCGAGCGGGCCUCCUGCCUUUCACGUCGUCUUCAAACCAUACGCAAAGGAGACUUGCGCGUUCUGCUUCGCGUGGGAUCGUGGACGGACACUUCCGGUGCGCGACAAUGUUACCGCCAAGGUCUUCUGCACGAGUGAAUGUCAAGCACGGUGGGUAGAAGAGCAAGGCAAAUUGGGUGUCGAGGCGUGGCUGUCGCUGGCUGCCUACGCAAGAUCGAAGAAGAAUGGUGCAGACCCGGACGAGGUGAUGUCCGAUGGGCCACAACCUGGCCUGGACGACAUUCAUACAGCAUGGCGAGAGGCUGAGAAACGGGCAAAGAUAUUGCAGAAGCAGCGUACAGCCACCAGCCAGAUCUCGAAAUCGGACUGGAAACGGGCGCGAGCCGUCAUCCAGAAGAUGAAUGAAGCUCUCGACUGGACCAUGUUGUCCUACACGUUAUGCGGCGCACUCUAUCGUCAUCAACAUCCACUCGAAUGGCAAAAAGAAGUGCUUGCGCUGGCGAUGGACGAGCGGCCGUACAAGACCCAACACGACCUCCACGUCAGCUGCAAUAGCUAUGUUCAGCUCACAUCCAUCAUGCCACUCCAGCUUCUGCCGAGUCUCACACCAGAGCUAUGCAGGACGAUGCUGAUGGCGGACAACCACAACGCCUUCGGGAUUCGUGCAGGCGGUGAAGAUAGCGAGGAGUAUAUGGGCUAUGGGGUCUAUCCUUCAUCGAGCUACUUCAACCACUCGUGCAGUCCGAAUCUGAGCAAAAAGCGGGUAGGUCGAUCGUGGGAGUUCAGAGCAGCGGAGGACAUUGCUGCUGGCGAGCAGUGCUGUAUCACGUAUCUUGGUGGCGAUGAGAAAGAUCUGGACCGACAAGAACGCCAGAACAGGCUGAUGGAUGUAUGGGGAUUCGAGUGCUGCUGUACGCGAUGUGUAGUAGAAUUCAAUAGUACUUCUAUACCCAUAUGA